UAUAUAUUUAUUAUAGAUAUAUUUGCUUAUGUAACAAAAUCAACGUUGGCGCUUCAUAACAUACAAAACCAAUGCAAUAAUUUACUCUUUUCCGAUCCGAUACACCCUCCGAUUUCUCAGCCUACGCCGGCGAUGGCCACCCUCUCCAAUCGCCGCCGCACGCUCCCGCAGGAUGACACUGACGCCCAGGUGAUAACUGCAGACUCCGUUUCCACCAACUACCGCACGAUGCCCUGCCUUGUCACCGGAAAAACCGUGCUCCAGCCUCACCUAGCUCGGCAAGAAUCUUUACGCCGAAACAUUGGCCACGUCGCUGCAGAAACCUACUUGAUUACUCGCCUCGCCAUCACGCUUCUUCGCUACCUCGGGAUUGGUUACCGUUGGAUUACACAAUUACUUGCUCUUGGAUGUUAUGCCUUGCUACUCAUGCCCGGUUUUUUGCAAGUUGCAUAUUACUAUUUCUCCUCACCCAAGGUAAAGCGAAGCCUUGUUUAUGGAGAUCAGCCUAGAAACAGGUUCGAUCUGUAUCUACCAUCUGAUAUUGGUAAACCUAACCCAGUUUUGAUAUUUGUAACUGGGGGAGCAUGGAUUAUUGGGUAUAAAGCAUGGGGUUCCCUUUUAGGACUACAGUUGGCAGAACGAGGCAUUAUAGUGGCAUGCUUAGAUUACAGAAAUUUUCCUCAAGGGACUAUCAGUGACAUGAUAAAUGAUACUUGUCAGGGAAUUUCCUUUAUCAUCAACAACAUAGCUAAAUAUGGAGGUGACCCUAAUAGAGUUUAUCUAAUGGGACAAUCUGCCGGUGCUCAUAUUUCCUCUUGCGCUUUACUGGAGCAAGCAGCCAGAGAAUCAAAUAAAGGAGAGAAUGUUUCUUGGAGCAUUUCGCAGAUCAAAGCUUAUUUUGGUUUAUCUGGAGGGUAAGACACUUUGG